GGAUAAUUGUGAGGUUUUCAGAUAAAAAUGAGCCGUUUUUGACUAAAUUCAAGAUUAUUAAACAGUUAUGGAGGAAAAGAACAUAGGAAUAGCGAAGAAAGAAGAUCGGUUGGAAAGGAGUAACCAAAAAGAGAUAGAGAUGAAAGGAGAAGAAGAAGAAGAAGAACAAGAACAAGGAAGAAAGGUUCCUAAUAAUCUAGAGUCCCUGCAACUUGCUAAGCGUGCAGAAGAUUUAGCAAAAACUGUAAAUGGCAAAAAGGAAUUGUACCGAGAUACUGAGACUUGGUCAACUCAUCAAGAACUUGCUAAAAUCCUGAAAAAGAUUAUCAUCACUGAUCUGGACUUUGCUUUGGACAGAAAGCUGGAGCAGCUGCUUUGGAACUCCUGCUUCAAAAACUAUAUUUCUCAUCUCCAGGUUAAAAGUAAGGAUAGAAGAGCUAAGGACAGGGGUAGUGCUCAAGUGACACUCUCAUGGUUCCUUGAGAACGCUUCUGGGUUCUAUAUCCUUCUUCUAGAGGAGAUUCGAUUUGCUUUUUCACUCUCCAUUCCAUUUCUUCAUUCUGGUAGUCCAUAUGGUACUACUGGAGAGAAGUUGGUUGGGGAAGAAGUAUUCCCUCCCAGUCCUGCCUCAUGCAAUUAUAUCUGUCAAUACUGCCUUGUUCAUCUUGGAGAUAUAGCUCGGUACAGGAACAAUAUCCAACAAGCAGAGACAUUCUACAGGCAUGCCAUAAGUAUGGCGCCCUCAAGUGGGCAACCUUAUAACCAGAUAGCUAUCCUAGAAGCAAAUCGAAGUAACAAGCUGUCCACAGUCUAUUUUUAUGUUAGAGCUGUAAGUCUAAGCUUUCCAUUUCCUGCUGCCUUCAUAAAUCUGAAUAAGCUUCUCUCCCGGCUAGCUGGCCUUGGAGAAGCUGAAGAGAGAGAGCCCAGAGAACGAACAGCUAAGGUUACCCAGCAUACAUUUAUCCCACUCUUCCUGCGAGUCCAUGGGUUACUUCAGCAUAGUGUACAUCUCAGCAUGUGUGUCAAGUUCUGUAGACUUCUUACAGACUCUUUAACUUCUCUUAUAGCUACGGACUCACUUUCUACCUGGCAGUUACUUCAGAUGAUCUCCAUUAAUAUGUGGGUUUGGGAUCAAGCUUCAGUGUCUGAUGACCGGGAGCAGUUAUCUAGGGAGGAAAAGGUGAGUAUGGCUGUGUGUGCUGACCUGCAAGCUGCAGUUCUGUCCUCCUCUCUUUUACCAGUUUACACAGUCAAGAAGGGAGAUGACUUGGUAGAUUACUUUGCUCUGCCCGCAGUGAGAAUCCUUCUGGAAUGGAUUCUACUUCACCCUGAAGUUCUAAGAGAGAAGGGGUUUACCAGCCGUCCACAGAUCUGGCCAAGCUUAGCAAGACUUCUCAAUGAGGUUCAAAUUCUUCUACCUGGAUAUGAUUGUGAUACUUUAAAAGAUUACCCCUUGCCUGAAGAAUAUGACCUUCAAGCCUUUAAGCCAAUUGCAGCAUCAUUUACUAGCCUGAACUUCAAGCAAGUAAACUCAGGCCAGAUCUAUGACAAGGAUGAGUUAGCUCAUCUAAGAUUUUAUAGACUCCAAAUGAUUGGAGAGAAACUGUCCGAAGAUCCAUACCUUCUCUUGGAGAAGGAUGGAGAAGAAUGGAGUGCUUUAAAGAGAGAUUAUAUUCAGGUUGAAGACGAGGACUUAUCUGAGGCCCUUGACACCGAGAAAGGGGAGAAUGAUUCAAGUGAAGAAGAUGAAGAUGAAAGUGACACUAUACAAUGGGAGGAACAGAAUAGCAGUGGGUCCAAGGGGAUCCUUAAAUCCAAACCUGCGGUCCAAGAUCCAGGAACUGUUGCAAGUGCACCCAGAUAUAGAGCACGGCAAAAUGUAGCGAUGGCGGCCAUUUUGCGCGCCAACACUAUUUCUGUUCCUGAUCAAGAUGAAGAAAAGGAAGACGAGGAAAAACAGAAACGUGUAAUGUUCAAGACGCCGAGUCCUGUCAUUGUCCAGGCGAAUACUAAAACGUCUGGAAAAGUGGAGAGUAAGACUAAUGCCGCUAAAUCUACCAAUGGCGGAACUUCUAAAGCGAGCUCCGCCAAACCAGAGGCGGGGGGCGGAGUUCCACUCAGUGUCUCAGAGUUUGAUUUCACUAAACCUCCACCAAGUUUGCACAGUAACUACAGGCCACCGAAGUUGUCGAGUCCUAAGACUGAGGAUAAGCUGGGGAAGAAUAUUGUAAAAACUGACUUAUCUGUAUCCGGGAUCAAUCCUCUAACAUCCACUACCUCUAGGAUAGGAUCAGGACUAACCUGGGAUCAUCAAUCCUCUCCAGAUCCUGAUAAAUCAAGUCAUUCCGUACUUGGUCCAUCACAGCCUGUGGGCUCAUCACCAGGGGGUCCGUCACAGAUAGGUGGUCCAUCCUUCACAUACAACUCGGGCGCUUUUCAACAAGGAUUUGGACUCGGAGUUACGGGUCGUCAACCUGAACCUCCACCAGGUGGACAAGGCCUUCUGGGACAAGUUGGAUUCGGGCAUAGUUCUCUGGGACAAGGGGUAGCACCAGGUCCAUUCGGACAGGGACCCUUGGCCCAAGGUCCACUCGGACAGGGACCCCUGGCCCAAGUUUACAGCUUUGAUAGACUAGAAGAAAAGUUUCCUCCCUUGGGCCAGUCCCUUGAUAGAUCAGGUGCUAUUGAGUACAAGUCUGGGUUCAUGGAGUACAAAUCAACAAAUAUGGAUUCAACAUCGAGUCUAUACUCUAGUAUGCAAGGUCUGGGUCUUGGUUGGCCCUCUACCACAGAUCAAUCGAACCAAUCUUUAUUUGGGACCCUCUCACGUUCCAUAAACCCGUCCAAUUCUCCCUCCAGUCCCGCCCAACUCCCCUCAAGUCCCGCCCACCUACCAUCCAUGUUCUCUAGCCCCGCCCUCUCAGUUGGUAGUGAUCCGCCCACAUAUUCUCUUUUCAGUGGGACUUCUUGGACCGGAUCAUUAAUUUCAGGAGUAGAAUCUCCAGGGUCAUUACAAUCACUGUCUCCUAGUAUUUCAACAUCUACUUCUACUCCAGGCAGUACAGUGGCAGCAUCAACUAUUCAACCUGAAGCAUCGAAUAGUAAUAUCUGAACAGCUUCAACUAUAUUCAAACUGAAGCAUCGAACAGAAAUUUCUGAAUCGCGUCAAGAUAUUUUCAACCUGAAGCAUCGGACAGUAAUUUAUAAAAUGAUAAAAGAUAAUAAAGAUAUCUUCGUUU